UCGCUCGGGUGACUGGUAUUUUCCCCCGCUCAACGAGAUUCAUCUCUCACCCACCGAGCGCAGCGAGAGAGCAACAUCAGUACCAGCACUAGCGGCGGAUGCGCAUCGCGCCGUAAACACAAUAUAAAGAGCAUUACGUUUGAGUGUUAGAGCACACAGAUUUCAGGCGAAGGUUUUCCUCUUCUGUGGGACGGGGGAAUGCAAAACCCCGGAUCCCCCGGACCGUGCUGCUGUUCGUAAGGAUGCGAUCGCUGAGACAAGCGUGGGCCUCGAUACUCACCGAGGUUUUCUUCAUCACAACAGUUACUGUCAGCGCUACAAUGGCAGUUGUGGGACAUUGUCCCCGGAGUUUGGACUGUGCCCGGGAGCGAAGACACUUCUGUCAGCCCGGCUCCUCGCACUGCGGCCCGUGCUUGGACCCAUUUGUAGAGAACAAACGAGGGAAAUGUGUGGCAAGAAGACGAAAUUACCCAGCAGCCAAGGGUAACCAUCUCCCAGAGUUGGAUGAGGAGAUAGACAUUCUGUCAUCCAUCAUCAGCAAACACAGAGAAUCAGAGAUGAAGCACUCAGCCCCCUCUCCAGCCCCCGUAAAAGUCACAGAAGAACAUUCGUGGCCCAACAGUCUACACAAGACGGAACCUUCUGCUACCACUGCAACACCAGAAAGGCCUCAGACAAGCGUUCUGACCACCUCCUCUCCUACCACCAGCCCAACCACACACGCUUCCAUCAUCUCUGCUGUUCACAGCGCACCCUUUAUAGCCCCAUACCCAUCUGAGGACCACUCCUUUAUCGUGUUUUCGGGUGUGUUUCUCAUGGUGGGCUCAGUGGCCAUGGUCCUGGCUGGAGUAUGUUGGGUCAGAAUGCAGAGAGGAAACCGUCUGGCCCAGAAAGCCGAUUAUCCUGCUUUUGGGUUGAUAGGGUCUCGUUCUUAUGAUGGUGCCAUGCCUGGAGAUAAGACACUUGCUCAGAGUGCCCAGAUGUACCACUUUCAUCUCCAGAAGCAGCAGAUGAUGUCACUCAAGCAGAGGAACGAGUGCAAGAUUCCAGAGUCAGGAGCUACUUCAGAUGAAGAAACUGAGGAUGGAGACUUUACUGUGUAUGAGUGCCCCGGACUUGCCCCAACAGGUGAGAUGGAAGUGAAGAACCCGCUGUUUGAUGACACCACUUUUCAUCUAAACCUGCAGAGAAGUUACAACUGAGUACUCCGAGGAUGCAUCAACCCAGAUCACUUCAUACAGAAACACACAUGCAGUAUCAGAGGCCAUCUGCAAAAGGGUUCUUGUGGACCAUUUAAGGCAUUUUUGUGAUGUUAAAUCAUGCUAUUCUCCAGUCUCCUUUUUAGAUUAGAGAUGGAAAUUGUCAUACAGAUGUGCAAGAUACUGGUGACAGUAGCGUAGCACAAUCCAUCCACUGAAACUGAAUGUCCCUUAGCAAAGCAACAUUGUCAAAUCUUCAAAACCUGUUUAUUCACGGUUUAUAAGGGUUCAUUCGAUUUUCCAUUUAACAAACAUCGUUUUGAAUUUCCUGCUCAUUUAGGACCUUUCAGUAUAACUACAGAGAAGCAUUUACUGCAUGGACAAGCGUGUGUCUCCUUUCUUUCCUUAGGCAUCUGUAACACCCUGUUUGAAAAUAUCUUCUGUGUAAUAUCAUGUAUAAACAUGCAGCGGGAUGUAUCUAUGCUCAAAAAGCUUGAAUACAAUUAUCAAUGCUCUUGAUACAAGCUCAAGACACGUUUAAUAUCAGGUCAUUGAGACUUCAUCUGUACUAUAUUGUGAAUACUGUGCAAUGGAAUGGGAGCAUAUUUAUAGAGUUGAUUGUUUAGACAUAUCUUGCCUGCAAACACUAUUCAUAUAUUUAGAUUGGAUGUGGAAGAUGUCCAUUUGCAUUACGAGCAACGUAUAUGAUUAGCAUAUUUUAGGCUACCUUCCACCAAAAUUGUCUGUGACUGUAUUUUUUAAACUACCGAUGGUGAUUUUAAUAUUUUUUUAUAAUUGUGCACACAAGAAUAAUCAUAAAUGAUAUUAUGUAGCUGCUGUAUAUUCAGAAUGGUCCUACUAUGCAUGUUUUGAAGCUGUAUAAUAAUGAAGAUGGUCAGUGUGCAAUGCUGGUUCACACAAAUGAUGUAACAACACACAUGGACUGUAACAUGCGCAUAUGUAUCAUUCACAUUUUUAUUAUUAUUGAACCUGACCCCCGUCCCUAAUUUGCAAUGUAUACAGUGUAUAUAACUGUGCCCUGGUCAGGGUUCACAUGUAUCUUGAACAAAUACUCAAAUUCCUGUUUGCUAACAGUGUGAACUGUAAGUUCCUCGCUGCUGUUUCUCAGGAAAUCUGCCAACAGAACUGUCUGUGCCACAUCUCUAAUUCCAGUUGGAUAACCCUUUAGGUUCUUUCAGACCUGCACCUUUGAAUCUUCUAGUCAACGUUUGUGACAGUGUUGUCUUCAAUGCUUUCAACGUUGCAUUAAAGGUACAUUUCACCCCCGUCUCCCAAAAAAACUUUCAUCAUUUACUUAUCCUCAAUUCACUCUAUAUUUUGAAGAACACUAGCCCCUAUUGACUUCCAGUGUAUGGACACAAAACAUUUCUCAAAAUAUCUACUUUUGUGUUCCACAGAAGACUUAUAUACAAACUUUCAACGAAAUUGAUGAGAGAAUUUUGAUUUCUGGGUGAACUGUCCCUUUAGCGCAGCAGAUCGGGGCAAAGCUAAGCCUUUAAAAUUAAGGGGGAAAAAAUAUAUAUGUGCCUCAGUUUGCAAAUGCAUCCUCCACGAACUAUAGCCUACCUGUUCGAGACGGUCAUAAUGGGGCUACCAAUAAAACAACAGUUUUCAAAAGUCUGCAUAUCAGAUUUACCCACUGAACCUUUUUCAACUGCUAAGAUUGUCUGACGUGCAUGUAAAGAUGAAAUAUAUCAAGAAAAAAUAAAUAUUUAUAAUGUCUUGAA